AAUUAUGAUAAGCUAGAGCACAACCAUAACUACAUCCAAUGGCUCUUUCCACUUCGAGAAUGUGGUCUUAAUCAACAUGCCACUCCUCUACACAAAAAGGAGAUUGAGGAAAUGAAGACAGAUAGAGUUAUGAGGAAUCUCCUUGAGGCGUACAAGCUCAUGCUGGGAUUCUAUGGCCUGCAUCUAAAAAACGAGGAUACCGGAGAAGUCUGCAGAGCUGAGAAUUGGAAAGAAAGAUAUGCAAAUUUGAACAAUCACACUUAUAAUAAUCUGUGGAUCACCCGAAUUUUGAAGUGUUUGGGGGAACUGGGGUUUGAGCACUUCCAAGCUCCUCUGGUCCAGUUUUUCUUGAAGGAAACCCUGUGUUCACGGCCAAUUAGAGAACGUAAAAAGGAGCGUAUUCGAUUAUUUCAUGUUCUCCGUGAAGGACAAAAGAAAACGUCGAGAUUUGGUGCGCUUUGCCUGGAAACACUACGACCAGCCCAGCAG